AAUUUUCAAACAUUCAUUAAUCACAGCAUCAAAAGGAUAAUGUUUCGUUUAUCAGCUUUUGAAAAUGCUUUAGAAAAGGCAACUAGUAACAUGCUAUUAGAACCUGAUUGGAAUUCUAUCAUGCAGAUAUGUGAUAUGAUUAGGCAAAAAGAUAUAACACCUAAAACAGCGAUGCAAGCUAUUAAAAGAAAGUUAUUUUCAACAAACCCAAAUGUAAUUUUAUAUACCCUACAAGUACUUGAAUCUGUUGUAAAAAAUUGUGGAAUAAGUAUACAUAAAGAGGUUGCUACAAAGGAAUUUAUGAUAGAUUUUCGGGAAGUUCUGAAGGAAACAACCAAUGAACAAAUCAGACAAAAAGUUCUUGAAUUGAUUCAAAUUUGGUCCCAUGCUUUUAGAAAUGAACCUAAUUAUCAUAUAGUUAAAGAUACCUAUGUAUUAAUGAAAAUGGAAGGUUAUAAUUUUCCAAUGUUAAAAGAGAAUGAUGCCAUGUUUAUGACAGAAACUCCUCCUGAUUGGAUUGACGGAGAAACUUGUUAUAAUUGCAAAACGACAUUUACAUUAGUUCAAAGAAAGCAUCAUUGUAGAUGUUGUGGACAAGUUUUCUGUCAAAAAUGUUCAUCCAAGUCCUCGAUCAUACCUAAAUUUGGAAUCGAGAGAGAAGUUAGGGUAUGUGAUGAUUGCUUUGUUGCUAAUAACAAAAAUAUAAAUGUGGCUAAUUCUUUAGAACUAGAUCAUGAAUCCACUAAAGAAACUCUGUAUGAUGAUGAUUAUCAAGAUUUUUCACACUAUGAUACCAUACCAAUUAAUAAAAAUACGAAAAAUGGCCCGUCGCACAAUGUUCCUACGAAUGAUAAAUCUUCACUGCCCUUUGAAUACCUAAACAGUCCUUUGAGUAAGCAAAGUCAAGAGCCACCCAAAAAGACUGAAAUUGAGGAGAGGGAGGAAAUCGAAUUAGCGCUCGCGCUGUCAGCUAGCGAAGCGGAAUCAAAUUUGGCUAAAGCUGCUAAGGCCUCAAAAUAUCUGUAUUUGGGCGUUGGUCCGACUUCAAAUAUCGACGAUCGACAACAACAAAAUAGGACGCAAGCUACGAAUAAAAACACCUCGAAUUAUCACAAUGCUCCAUCCAGCAGUUAUUAUUCAUCCGUUGAAAAUGAUAUGGAGAAUGAACUGGCACGUUAUUUGGAUCGGGAUUAUUGGGAAAUUAAACAGAAACAACUCUCCAUGAAGUCCCAACCUCCUGGUAAUAUUAGCAAUAAUAUAACUUUGCCAUCAGCUCCGGAAGCAAUGACUAACACUAAUUCAUGCCCAUCCCCGACUCUCUCUAACAUAUCAAGCUUUGUGUCUAUCUCCAAUUAUCAGCCUAAUUGGAACUCUAAUAAUGACGCCAUUUCUAAUGCUAAAAGUGUUUUUCCGAAGCAAACUAACGCUUCCCUAGCUCAACCCAAUUUCAAUAAUAAUUAUGGAGGGCUGGCUUACGAAAAACUACAAUCUCAUAAUAACUCCAUCUCGACGUAUAAAGACAUUGAAGAAUUUUCCGAUGCCCUUCAAAAUGGGAUAAACAUUUUCGUCAAAAGGAUGCAGAGUAACGCUUCUCGUAACAGAUCUAUCGUCAACGACAGUUCCGUGCAAACACUAUUUGUUACGCUUAGUCAGUUGCAACCUAAGUUAUGCGAUAAAAUACGGAUUCAAGAGGAUAAGCGAAACAAUUUGGAAUCUUUGCAAGACAAAAUAUCUCAAAUAAAGGAUGCUAGAGCCGCCUUAAAUGCACUUAGGGAAGAUUUCAGGGAGAGAGAGAGAAAGGAAGCUGAAGAGAUUGAAAGACAAAAGAAACUGCAAAUGUCUCAAAAAUUACAAUUGAUGAGGAUACAAAAACAAGAAUAUUUAGAAUACCAACGACAAAUCACUCUUCAAAGAAUGGGCGAACACCAAAAAAUGAAUGUUCCUAUAAAUUAUCCAUAUCAAAAUAAUUUUGGAAACCAACCUUUUAAUCAGCAAUAUAGUAACUUUUCUCAACAUGCCCAAGCUAUGAAUCCUAUGAUUGGAGGUGUUAAUACAUUUCCUAAUUCGCAACCAGUUCCGGUCAUGAAUAAUCAAUGGAUCGGUAAUACUAAUAUGGCUUACCAACCUAACACUGUUCCCUCCAACAAAGAUGAUGGACUUGCAAACAACGAUCAACCCCAGUUCUCUUAUAUGAAUAAUAAUCAAUUUUACCCCACUCAACACCAAGGAAAUCCUCCCUUGUAUUUUAAUUAUCCGCCUAAUGAUAACUCAACCUUGAGCUCCCAACUUAAUAUGGUACAAAAUCCACAAACUUUACAGUAUGCUACCAAUUUAAAUCAAAAUGUAGGAAAUCAACCAACCGGCAACAAUAACUAUGCUCAUUAUCAACAACAGCAACCAGUUGAUCAAAUGAUUAAUCCUUGGAUGCAUGCACAACCUAACCCCGCUUUAGCUUAUAAUAUGCAAAGCAUGAAUCAAGCCUUACCCAUAUUUCAACAACCCACUCAAUUACCCGUAACUGAAAAUCAUAAUGGUCCCUUUUUCUCGGUAGAUUCAAAAUCUAUUAUUAAGGAAUCAGGACCUCAAUUAAAUGUCUCCCUUGAAAAUUCUUCUAAGCUUAAAGGAGAGCAUUUAAACAUUUCUCUACCAAUCGAAAAUACGAAAUCGGAGACUAAAGCGUCGCAAAAUCCGCAAGAAGAUACCAGUCCUCAGUUAAUUAGUUUUGAUUAAUAUUUAAUAUAAACGAUAUAAUAAUCUUGACAACGUUUUUUUGAUAUGUAAAAGCCCAAAUAUUUGUUUGUAUUUUAUUAUAUUUAAAAUAUUAUAUCUCAUUACAUUAUACUAUUUUUUAAUUUGUUUAACUUAUUACCCUAUAAAUAUUUUAUAUCAUCUACGUUUCAUUUUAUUUUAAAUAUAAAUAUAAUGAUGUUGCAAUGAUAAAAUAAAUUUAAACAUAUUGGUUUAAAUAUAAUAGCUAAAGAAUAUGAAAUCAUCGAUAAUACAAAACAAUUUUUUUUAUAUAUUAAAUUUAAUUUAAAAAAAAGUUUUAUAAAAAAUAUAAUAUAUUAACUCCCACAUUCUUCGGCCAAGAUAAAAUAUUUGUUAGCCAGAUUUCCUUUCAUAUUUUUCAUGGCAUAUUCGGCUGCUUUAUUGUAACAUUCGGCUUUAUGACAUAUUUAUUUUGACGACAAUAUAAAGAAUAAAUUUAAAAAUUCAUGCUCAGUAAAAUAUUCUUUCAUCGAGCUAAACCCUUCUUUUGAGCGCAUAAAAAGUUGGCUGAUGUUGAAUUAACACGCGCAUUUUAUUUUAUUUUUAAGUUGAAGUCUUAAAAUUUUUAUAUUUAAAUAUAUUGUUCAUAAAACAUGGGUGUUUAUAACGUUCGUUUCCCAUUUAUUGAUGAUAUUAUAAUAAUAUUUUGUAAACGCAUAAAUC